UCAGCAAUUUCUGUAACGUGUGAACAUCCAGACUCGAAAUAAUUCUAAUAACCAAGAAAUUUCGAGGAUUUUGCCUCCUUUUCGAUAUCACCAUACGGUACCUUUCAGUUUUCACAUCCACUGAGUCCCUUGUCCCCCCGCCAAGGCAAAGUCAACUUGUCCACAACUGCAUCUCGUUUCUUUAUAUUAGCAGAAAAUAUCAUAACCAUUUCACAAGACCCAAAGUCGCCAUCUUUCUGCCAAACCCAUAAUCAACCCGAUACAUCCCAACAUCAACAGAAACAUUUCGUAAUGCUGAAACUCGCAUGUUUUCUUCUCCCUCUGUUUUCCUUCUUCAACCGUAGUGCUUCUGCUAGCAACUCCACUUCAUCCUCCACAGUUUGUCCCACCUACAACUGUGCCGAUGGGCUCAAAAUCAGGUACCCUUUCUGGGUCUCUCAUGGUUCCCCUCCUGACCAAUACUGUGGUUACCAAGAAUUCGGCCUCAUCUGCUCUGACCAAGGUGGCUACCCCAUUUUCUCUCUACCUCCUGGGUUAUAUUAUCGUGUCGCCGACAUAGACUAUGACAAUCAUACCGUUCACCUUAUUGAUGUUGACACUUUCAACCAAACAUGUCCAAGAGCACUUCACAAGGUUCCCCUGGGAAAUUUGCCCCUUUCUCACUCCCCUUUGAAUUUGAACCUUAGCUUUCAUUACAAUUGCAGUUCUCACCCCUCUGAUGCGUCGCCCAUAACGUGUUUGACAUCUGGUGUGAAGCAGUCCUUUGUGUUUGUGACGGGGAACGAAACUGAGGGUUUUGAUUGGUCCAAUACUUGUGAAGAGAGUGUUGUCGUGACGGUGAUGAAGGACGGGAUUACAAGUGAAGGGUUGAUGAAUGAGUACAGAGAGGCCAUGAAUGAAGGGUUUAUUCUUGACUGGCAAACUGCUAAGAGUUGUGAUGAGUGCGAAGCUUCUGAUGGGAUUUGUGGUUACAGCAAUACCAGAAAGGAGUCCUUGUGCUUCUGCAAAGACGGCAGUGUGCAAAGCAAUAGCUGUUCAGGUAGAAGCAAGGCCCGUUUGUCAAAGCCCAUAAUUGGUCUAAUAGUUGGAGGAAUUGCAGCUCUGCUGACAUGCAUCCUUAUUGUCUCUUUGAGACGAAAAUUGUCAUUGAUUCUGUCAGCGGAGUUUUGGAAGAUGACAAACAAUGAUCAGCGCAUAGAAUCCUUCAUCAGAAAUAAUGGACCUCUAACAAUAAAAAGAUUUACAUUUUCAGAAAUCAAGAAAAUGACCAACUCUUUUGAAGUCAAAUUGGGAGAAGGAGGUUAUGGUAGAGUAUACAAAGGGAUUACAAUAAAAAAUUGCCCAGUGGCCGUGAAGGUAUUGAAUGCAUCCAAAGGGAAUGGUGAAGAAUUUAUCAAUGAGGUUGUCAGCAUUAGUAGGACUUCACAUGUAAAUAUUGUCACUCUCCUUGGUUUUUGUCUUGAAGGUGGCAAAAAAGCACUUGUGUAUGAACUCAUGCCAAAUGGUUCGCUUGAAAAGUUCAUAUACAACAGGAAAUUGGAGACAAAUCCACCCUUGAGUUGGGAAAAAUUACUCCAAAUUGCUGGAGGGAUAGCUAGAGGGCUAGAAUACUUGCAUAGAGGUUGCAAUGCUCGAAUCUUGCAUUUUGACAUAAAACCAAACAAUAUCCUUUUAGAUGAAAAUUUUUGCCCAAAAAUAGCAGAUUUUGGAUUAGCUAAGCUUUGCUCAAAAACUCACAGUAAAGUGUCAAUGUUGGAUGCUAGAGGGACUGUUGGGUAUAUAGCACCAGAAGUAUGGAACCGAAAUUUUGGAGGUGUCUCUCACAAGUCAGAUGUGUAUAGUUAUGGAAUGUUGAUUUUGGAAAUGGUUGGAGGAAGAAAGAAUGUCAAUGAAGAAUCAAGUUAUUCAAGUGAUAUAUACUUUCCUCAUUGGGCAUAUGGCCAAAUUGAGUCAGGCAACAAGAUAAUAGGGUAUGAUGAUAUAACGAGAGAAGAAAGUGAAAUUGCAAAGAAGAUGAUCCUAGUGGGAUUAUGGUGCAUUCAGCCCAUGCCAUCAGAUAGGCCUCCCAUGAACAGAGUGAUUGAGAUGUUGGAAGGGAGCUUGGAUCAGCUGUCAAUACCACCAAAGCCUUUCAUAUUUCCACCUACAAUUCCAAGAACGGGAGAGGAAAACUUUGCAACAAAUGGUGUUCUUUCAUUUUCGGCUGAUUAUCAAUGUGGUAGAUAGAAUUAUAUCUCUUUUGUAAAAGUUAAUUAAAUCCUUGUACAUUUGCAAUGGC